AUGGGGGACUGGAACUUGUUGGGGGGCAUCUUGGAGGAGGUGCACAUCCAUUCCACGAUGGUAGGCAAAAUCUGGCUCACCAUCCUCUUCAUCUUCCGGAUGCUGGUGCUGGGCGUGGCGGCCGAGGACGUCUGGGUGGACGAGCAGAGCGAGUUCGUCUGCAACACGGAGCAGCCCGGCUGCAAGAACGUCUGCUAUGACCAGGCGUUCCCCAUCUCGCUCAUCCGCUUCUGGGUGCUGCAGAUCAUCUUCGUCUCGUCGCCCUCGCUGGUGUACAUGGGCCACGCCCUGUACCGUCUCCGAGCCCUGGAGAAGGAGAGGCACAGGAGGAGGGCUCAGAUUCGGCUCGAGCUGGAGGAAACCGAGUUCCUGCUGGACGAGCACCGGCGACUGGAGCGAGAACUUCGCAAGCUGGAGGAGCAGAAGAAGGUCAAGAAGGCUCCUCUGAGAGGCGCCCUGCUGCGCACGUAUAUCAUCCAUAUCCUCACCAGGUCCUUGCUGGAGGUGUGCUUCAUCGUGGGCCAGUAUAUCUUGUACGGCAUGGGGCUGGACUCUUUGUACAAGUGCGAGAGGAUGCCUUGUCCUAACACUGUAGACUGCUAUGUCUCCAGACCAACAGAAAAGACCAUCUUUAUGGUCUUCAUGCUGGUCAUCGGUGGGGUUUCUUUGUCCCUGAACCUUUUGGAGAUUUCUCAUUUAGGGGUGCGGAAAAUUAAACAAGUGCUGUCUGGCUCGCAGCUCAUCGAGGAUGACAGCCUCGUCAAAAAUCCUCUGGAUUCGUCCCCGCGGAGAACAGUAAAAACGUGUCCUCCUCACAGGCAAUCCGACCCUCCCUACCUCCCCAGGCACAGCGUCUUCUCACAUGCCACCCUUCCUUCCUCUUGCAUGAUCCAGACCCGUCAGCCGAGCAAGGAACUCCACGACGAGCACCACUUCCAGGCGCCUGUGGAACUCACGGAGGAUGACCAAACUCAAGAUGAGCGUCCAGACAGCAGCAGCGCGUCAUGCCGGGACAGAAGUCAGGAAGGUCAGCGCUCUCAGAGGCCGAGCCACGCUGACAUGCCGGGCUGCUUUCGGAACACUUUGCACGCCCCGGAGCCACCCAGUGACGACGCGGACUCCGCCAACAGCGACUUAUACCCCAGCCCCAGGAAGGCCAGCUUCAUGGCCCGGAUGCCGUCGGACAGCGGCUCGUCCAGCCCGUCCUGUCCCAGCACGAGGAGCUCGGAGUCCGAGCUCGGCUCGCUCAACGAGCUCCCCAUGAACCCGCCAGUGGGAGGACGGAGGAUGUCAAUGGCAAGUAGAGCCAAAAGGCAUACAGCAACUGACCUGCUUGUUUAG